CCUCCUCCUCCUCCCCACAUCUCCGUUAGCAUUUUCCCCCCCGCCUCCUCCUGAACCUCUUAGAAUCCGUCGUCCCCAUGGCCGCUCCGCCGGCGGAGCACGGCCGCGACGCCGCCGCGCCCGGCGGCGAGCCCCAGCGGCCCGCCCCCACGCCCUUCCUGGCCAAGACCUACCAGCUCGUCGACGACCCCGCCAUCGACGACGUCAUCUCCUGGAGCGACGACGGCUCCGCCUUCGUCGUCUGGAACCCCACCGCCUUCGCCCGCGACCUCCUCCCCAGGUGUUUCAAGCACAACAACUUCUCCAGCUUCGUCCGCCAGCUCAACACCUACGGAUUUCGGAAGGUCGUGCCUGAUCGGUGGGAAUUCUCCAACGACUGCUUCAGGAGGGGCGAGAAGCGGCUCCUGCGCGAAAUCCAGCGCCGCAAGGUCUCCGCCUCGCCGCCGUCCCCGGCGGUCCCGGCGGCGGGGUGGCGGCCCCGUCCCCGGGGAGCCUCGCCGUCGAGCUCCGGCGACGAGCAGGGCCUCUCGACGCCGCGGUCGUCCCCGUCGGCGUGCGGGCAGAACUGCGCGGCGGAGAUCAUGGACGAGAACGAGCGGCUGCGGCGCGAGAACGCGCUGCUCAACCGGGAGCUGAGCCAGAUGAAGAGCCUCUGCAGCAGCAUCUUCAGCCUGAUGUCGAGCUACGCCGCCGCCGGCUCCCUGGCGGACGCGGCGGCGGCGAAGAAGAAGAAGAAGAAGCCGCUCGAGCUGUUCGGCGGCGAGGAGACGGCGGCGGCGGAGGCGGAGGAGGAGAGCCCGAGGCUGUUCGGGGUGCCGAUCGGGGGGGCGAAGCGGGGGAGGGAGAUGAAACUGGAGCCGUUGGAUUGUCAGAGCAGGAGCAGCGGCGGCAACCAGCCGAGCCGAGGAGAGCCGUGGAUGAAACAGUGCCACAGAUCGAAUCAGAGGGUGUUCAACUAAUCAUCACCACCAUCUUCUCUAACGCCUGCACGAAAGGGCUUCUUUUUCUUUUUUCUUCUUCUUUUUUCGUGUUUAGGACACAG